UUACCACAUAUUCUUUGUCAAGCCGCCAAAGUGGAGAGUGUCAUUGCACAAGGGGGACCUUCUCGUUUCAGUGUGGGCGGAGGAGGUGGGGGUGCACCUCAGCACUAUCCCAAGACUGUCUGCAACGGCGAGUUCCUGGGGAAAACCCCAGGUUCUAACGUUCAGAGAUGGGUACCUUCUCGAAGCACUAGACGAGAUGUCAACUCCUCCAAAGACAAAGGGGAAAACGAUGCAAUCUUCAGAAAAGUGAGAGGCAUACUUAACAAGCUAACUCCUGAAAAGUUUGACAAACUGUGUCUGGAGCUCCUCAAUGUGGGUGUCGAUUCAAAACUUGUCCUCAAGGGAAUCAUCUUAUUGAUUGUUGACAAAGCCCUAGAAGAGCCGAAGUACAGCCAGCUAUAUGCACAGCUAUGUCUUCGUUUGUCAGAAGAUGCUCCAAACUUUGAAGAUCCAUCAGAAGAAAGUCCAACAGCACAAAAGCAGAAUACUACCUUCAGAAGGCUUUUGAUCUCAAAACUUCAAGAUGAGUUUGAGAACCGUUCCAAGAAUGUUGACCUCUUUGACAAACAUGACAACCCCCUCACCUCUGAGGAGGAGGAGCAGCGGUCUGUGGCAAAGCUCAAGAUGUUGGGUAACAUCAAAUUCAUCGGGGAACUUGGCAAACUCGACCUCAUCCACGAAUCCAUCCUCCAUAGGUGUAUUAAAACACUUUUGGAGAAGAAAAAGAGAGUGCAGCUUAAGGAUAUGGGUGAAGAUUUGGAAUGCCUCUGUCAGAUAAUGAAAACAGUGGGGCCUAAACUUGACCAUGAAAAGGCUAAGUCAUUGAUGGAUCAAUACUUUGGCCGAAUGAGGUCCUUAUCAAACAACAAGGAGCUGCCAGCAAGGAUCCGGUUCCUGCUGCAGAACACAGUGGAGCUGCGAGAAAACAACUGGGUUCCUCGCAAGGCUUAUGUUGACAAUGGACCGAAGACCAUCAAUCAAGUUCGCCAGGAUGCUGUAAAGGAUUUGGGCGUUUUUAUUCCACCUUCAAAUGAUGCGAUGAGAAAUGACUUCUUCAUGGAGAACUCCUUCCUGCCACAAAGGAUGAAGUUUGACCGGGAGCCUGUGGGCAGGCUGGCUGACAUGUUUGGACAAAUGCCAGGUAUUGGUAUUGGGACCGGUCCAGGAGUAAUUCAGGACCACUACUCUCCUACAAUGGGUCGUCAUCGCACCAACCCGCUGUUCAAUGGACACAGUGGAAACAGUUCACACCAGCCUCAGUUUGAAGCAGGCGGCAAAACAUUCACAAAAGCAAGCCAGGGGCAGAAUUCACCAGUUUUCAGCCAUAAACAAAAUCAUUCUGGAUCAGCAAAGGAUAUGGCUCCACGGUUCAACAAAAAGGGGAAGCUCAAUGCUGAUGAGAUCAGUCUGAGGCCAGCACAGUCCUUUGUCAUGAAUAAAAAUCAAGUGCCAAAACUGCAGCCUCAAAUGACCAUGAUUCCUCCAACGGGUUCACCUUUGGGACAGCUUGGUCUCAAAAGCACUCCACCUCCAAUACAGGAAAAGCCAAUGAAAUCCAGCAAAAAGGCCCCUCCCACAAAAGAGGAACUGUGUAAAAUGACUGAAACACUAGUUGCAGACUACCUGAACAGCAAAUGCAUUGAUGAGGCAAUCAACGCUUUAAAGGAGAUGAAGGUUCCAAAGCACUUUGUGUCUGAGAUGUUGAACAAGAUCAUAGUCUAUUCCCUGGACCGAUCCGAUGAUGACAAGGAACAUGCAAGCAUAUUAAUUCAUACACUCUGUACUGAGGGCAUUGCCACUGGUGAUAAUCUACUGCAGGCUUUCCUUACUGUCCUGGACCAGAACUCCAAGAUUGAGGAAGAGAUCCCUCUGGUCAAGUCCUACCUGGCUCAGUUUGCAGCUCGAGCCAUCAUUUCUGACAUGGUCAGCAUUGCAGACUUCUCCCAUCAUCUGGAGAACGGAGCACACUUCCCGCUCUUCCUGCUGUGCCUGCAGCAGAUGGUCAAGCUGAAGGACCGGGAUUGGCUGACCGAACUGUUCCAGCAGAGCAACGUCAACAUGCUGAAGAUGCUACCUGAAAUUGAUCAAAACAAGGACAGAAUGCUGGAGAUCUUGGAGGGCAAAGGUCUCAGCUUUCUGUUUCCACUGAUGAAACUGGAGAAGGAGCUGCUGAAGCAAAUCAAGGUGGAUCCUUCUCCACAGUCCAUCUACAAAUGGAUCAAGGACAACAUCUCUCCUAAACUUCACACUGACAAAGGCUUUGUCAACAUCCUGAUUACAAGCUUCUUGCAGUACAUUGCAUAUGAGAUCAACCCUGACGAUGACGAAGAGCAGUUUGCAUCACCUAGUAAGGAGCAGGUGGAUGAAGAGAAGCAGAUGCUGCUGGCUUUCAAGCCCGUUAUGCAGAAGUUCCUCCACGACCACAUCAACUUGCAAGUCAGUGCUCUUUACGCUCUGCAGGUGCACUGCAACACCAAGGGCUUCCCUAAAGGGAUGUUGCUUCGCUACUUUGUGAAUCUUUAUGACAUGGAAAUAAUUGAAGAAGAAGCCUUCCUCUCAUGGAAAGAAGACAUCACUCAAGAGUACCCAGGCAAAGGAAAGGCCUUAUUUCAGGUGAACCAAUGGCUAACCUGGCUGGAGACUGCAGAGGAAGAGGAGUCAGAUGACGAAGAUUACUGAAAUUCGGGCCAAAGCCAUGUAUUAAGAUGCAAUGAUUGAACUUAAAUGUUCCGUGGUAUUUUCUUCUACUUUUGUCUCUUGUCGUGGUUACAAAUUCAUUCAAAUUAGGUGUGUUUUCUCAAAAUCAAUUUACUUUUCCUAAUUCAGUCAAACCUUGCAGUAGAUCAACAUUGGACCUGGCCAGGGUUAUUUUAUUUAAUACUGUGCAACAUUGGAUUAAAAGGUGGACCCACUCUUAAGCGUCACCAAGUGCUGCCAUAACUGCCUUUCACCGUUUACAGAAAAGAACAAAUAAUUGUUUGAUCUGAAAUUGUUAAUGGGUUUUUAGCUGCACUUUGUAAACGUGAGUUGUUGCAAUAGGAAGAUACUCUAAAAGUUUCCUUUUAAUUCUGUUACUGUCAAAUACUGAAGUUUCUUUUUCCUCAAGUUUCUCCAUUUUAAACUGGAUUUUAAUAUAUUUAACAGGCCAUUUACAACUUGCACAAUGAUUUCAUGCACCAACAUUUACUUAAAUAAAUCAAAAGCUUUUUCAUGUA